CUGAGAAAGAGCUCUUUGGGAGACCCACUUGUGAUGUGUUUCUGGGUGCCUGUUUCUUCCACCACCUGCAGAUCAGGGUUCCUGUAAAGGCAGAUCAGUUCCCUUUUUCCUCCAGAGACCCACCCCUCUGGUGUCUCAGAGGAACAAUGGAAGCCUUGGGGUUUCUCAACUUGGAAGUGAGUGGCACCAUGGUGACAGUGACCCUGUCGGUGGCUCUCUUGGCCCUCCUGAAAUGGUAUUCCACAUCGGCCUUCUCAAGACUGGAGAAGUUGGGCAUCAGACACCCCAAACCUUCUCCUUUCAUUGGAAACUUGAUGUUUUUCCGUCAGGGUUUUUGGGAGAGCCAUUUGGAACUCAGGAAACGAUAUGGACCUCUGUGUGGAUACUAUCUUGGCCGUCGGAUGCAUAUUGUCGUUUCUGAGCCAGACAUGAUCAAGCAGGUGUUGGUUGAGAACUUCAACAACUUUUCCAACAGAACAGCAUCAGGUUUGGAGCCCAAGCUGGUAGCGGACAGCAUCCUGUUGUUACGUGACAAAAGAUGGGAAGAAGUCAGAGGUGUCCUGACUUCUGCAUUCAGUCCUGAAAGGCUGAAUGAGAUGACACCCCUCAUCAGCCAGGCCUGUGAGAUUCUUCUGGAGCACUUAAAGCAUUUCACAGAAUCCAGAGACGUGUUUGACAUCCAGAGGAGCUACUGCUGUUAUACCACAGAUGUAGUGGCCAGUGUGGCCUUUGGCACCCUCGUGGACUCCCAGAAUGCUCCCGAAGACCCCUUUGUAAAACACUGCCGACACUUCUUUGCAUUCUGCAUCCCCAGGCCUCUCCUGGCUUUAAUCUUAUCGUUUCCAUCCAUAAUGGUCCCACUGGCCCGGAUUCUGCCCAAUAAGAAUCGAGAUGAACUGAAUGGCUUUUUUAACAAACUCAUUAAGAAUGUGAUUGCCUUACGGGACCAGCAAGCAGCAGAAGAGAGGCGGAGAGACUUCCUUCAAAUGGUGCUAGAUGCCCGGCACUCCAAGAACUCCGUGGGCGUGCAAGACUUUGACUUGGUCACAGAAACCCUCUCCCCUACUGAGUGCACAGCAGCCCCUCCCCAGGAACGCCAGCCCACAGCCAUGUCCCCGCCUUUGACCCUGAAUGAGAUAGUAGGCCAGGCUUUCCUCUUCCUCAUCGCUGGUCACGAGAUCAUCACCAACACCCUCUCCUUUGUCACCUACCUGCUGGCCACCCACCCUGACUGCCAGGACAGGCUUCUGAGAGAGGUGGAUUUCUUCAUAGAGAAACACCUGGCCCCUGAGUACUGCAGCCUGCAGGAAGGCCUGCCCUAUCUGGACAUGGUAAUCUCAGAGACCCUGAGGAUGUACCCACCAGCUUUCAGGUUCACUCGGGAAGCCGCACAGGACUGCGAGUUGCUGGGACAGCGCAUCACUGCAGGUGCUGUACUAGAGAUGGCUGUGGGUGCCCUACACCAUGACCCAGAGCACUGGCCACACCCUGAGAUCUUUGACCCUGAAAGGUUCACAGCUGAGGCCCGGAUGCAGCGGAAGCCCUUCACAUAUUUGCCCUUUGGAGCUGGCCCCCGGAGUUGCCUUGGAGUGCGGCUAGGGCUGCUGGUGGUCAAGCUGACGCUGGUCCAUGUCCUGCACAAGUUCCGCUUCGAAGCCAGCCCUGAGACUCAGGUUCCACUUCAACUGGAAUCCAAAUCUGCCUUAGGUCCCAAAAAUGGUGUCUACAUCAAGAUUGUGUCACGCUGACCAAGAAGGCAUGUGGGAAGGAGGGAACAACUGCAAAUCACUAUCAGAAGGGUUCCUGAAAUUCAAAUAUCUCACGUGGAGAUGAAAAUGUUUAGAGAAAUAUGUAUCCUAGGGUGAUUAAAAGGGUGCAUGGCACAUGAGUAUAAAAGAAGUUAUUUAUGGAAUCGUUCCUAAAUGCUUACUAAAUUUUUGUCACACUUCAUUUUGGCAUUGUCAAUGGGGUUCAAAGCACUGAUCUCUUGGGGUUGAGGUUAAGUAAGGGAAAAGGUAAUUCUGACUAAACAACUGAGUAUAUGGUGUUAAAGGAAGUCCCCGCAUCAGGACGGAGGGAUUACACAGCCUGCAGGGGACAUAAGGAUACACAUGCGAGCCUGUCCUGAUAGCACCAGCGUGGGCUUUUUCAGCUUCUUGUAAUUGUGGGUUUCAGAGAGUGAUGUGUAUGGACAGCCAACCUCUAAAGUGGCUCCAAAGCUUCAUUAUGCUUUGAUUUCCUAGGUAAAGGGCAGAUGAAAUUUAUUGGAAGUUUCCAUAGACAGAAAAAUAAUAGAGGUUAAAAUAUUGUUUUGUUUUUUUUUUUAAAAAGAAUACUGUUUUAAUUUUAUCAAGAAUUCAACAUAUAGAGAUGAGUUUAAUAAAAUUGACAAUUGCAUUGCUUAAAAGGUCCCAUUCAACAGAGCACUUGCCAACUGGAUCCCAGAUGUGCCCCUAGCAGCUGCUGGCCUUUUCACCUCCCUGUGCCUCAGUCUCCUCACUUAUAAAACAAGGAAGCUGACGUGGCAUAAAGAACCCUUCAUCCUCUAGUUAACAUCUGAGUAGCUUCUGAAUGUCACAGAGAAUACUUUUAGCAGGAAUCCGGGGCCUUGAUGGCCAGACACUGAGGACACACCUUUAGAAAAUCUCGGCUGCUUCAGAACUAGCAGAAGAGAUUUCCACAUGUUUAUCGUUAUUCAUGCUGUCCUUCCCCAGCCUCUUCAACCCAGAGCACUCCACUUCUUCCCUCAAAGCUCCUUUAUGGCCUCCUAUCUUACUUGGUUUUCCCUGGAAGGAAGGCAGCCUUGCUACUCAUAUGGUCCUAGCCCAUGAGCUCUUACUACUCCAACUACCUGAGCUCUGUAGGUAAGCCCACCCCACAGAACUCUCCACACCCUGCUGUCACCACCUUUUCUUCACAACCUCAACUCUCUUGAUGCUUGGCCCUGGGGUUCAUACUCACUAGAGAAAACCAAACAUUUCUGAGAAACCCACAUACCUCCCUCACUGCCCUGACUGUCCUCCCAAUUCUUGACCACUCUAUGGCCACUAAAGAUGGCCCAAUUGAGUAUGCAGGUCCCUGGCUGGGGGAAGAGCCCCUAAACCUAUAAAGGAAUGGGGUAGGCAUUUAAUAGAAGGUGUUAGAAUGAUGUCUGGUGCAAAGGUAUAUAGGAUCCAGGGCAGGAACAUGUAGAUGCAACUGACCUGAGGGGUUUGUGGGAACCCAGCUGGGUUACACCAGAUAGUUUUAUGCAAUUCCUAUUUCCUCCCCCAGGGUAGUUGGUGUUGGGUGUAAAUAGUGAGAUUUAAGAAGGGUUAGAAAACAAGGGGUUUCAAAUUGCUAGAAGAGCUGGGAGUCAAGUGAUUCUAACACAUUCCUAUUUGUAAAGAUGGUGAUCCCCUAUACACAGUAGGCAAGGGAAACCAGAUAGCAUUUAUGUGCUGAGUACAGAACAGCCCUCUCCACCCCACACCCCAGGCAUGCUCAUGUGGGUCCAAGCGCCUAUGCCAGUCUAUGUAGUGUUUUUCCUAACUUGCUUUCCCAACAAAUCCAGUGGCCUCUGCAACUCUCCCAGGACCUCCACUACUAGCAUAGCAGGACCAAGAGCUCAAGCAAAACACAAUGAACUUCAGGAUAAGUGAUGUGAGGGAGCCAUGUUGGAGCCUCUGAAAAUCACUGUCUGAAGCUUUGUGGCUGAUGGAGGUGGGGUAGUCAUCAUGCGAUAUGGUUAAGCUGUGGCUGCUUGUCUUUCUGACCACUUAACUCAGUUCUCUCUGGCUUUAUCAGUAACACUACCCUGUGUAAGGUUUCAGGUCACUCCAAAGAUGAGAAAUCUGCCUUUUAUCUAACCACCACAGGACAUACCAAAGGCAGAUCUCUUUAGGAAGGGGCCAACCUGUCAACCAGGACAAAAUCAGCAGGCAGUCAAGAGGAGGGUGCCCAGGCAUGGGGACAUGUGGACACACAAUAAAGCAUUCUACAUAUCCACAACACACUGUUCAAUGGGGAAACUGGAUUCCGUGGGGCUUCUAAACUUUUCUAUCAGUUGGAAUAAAGAAAAAGAAUAUAAAUAUACAUAUAAUCAUGUAACCGUAUUUCUAGGGCCCCUCCUAGGCCCUUGGAGGGGGACCUGGCAGGUGAGGAACCCAGAUCUUCAGCCCUACUGAGGACAGUGAUAUUUCUUCUGUUAAUCAGUCUGAAUACAUACAGUCUGAAUGUUUCUCACCAAAACUCCUAUUACAUCUGUACUCAUAGGUGAUGAUGUUGGGAUAUGUGGCCUUUAGGAGGUGAUUAGGUUCAGAGGGGGAAGCCCUCAUGAGUGGGAUUAGUGCCCUUAUAUAAUAAAGGGGAGGUGGAAGGAGGGGGAG